CUGGCGUUUUCAUCAGCUGAAAAGAAAAACGGAAGAUGGUCCCGUCAAAUCAGUUCAUAUACCGCCGACAUUAGCGACUGGGUUCCCUUAUCAGGUCCGGUCGAAAGAGAACCAGAAAUGCCGCAGAUCAAGAGACAAGCUGUCGCUGAACCAAGGAUCUUGACAGAAUCCCUAACGAGGCCAACUGCUUUUGGACAAGAGAUAUUUCCACAAAGAGCAUUCUACAAUUCUCCAGCUAACAGGCAAUUGUUUUUGCAGUCUGUGCCUGCGGUACCUUCCGCGCCGCAAAACUUUUUGACAGAACAGAGCUUUGGACAAGCAAUCAAAUUUGGUCUCGCCCAACCAUCAUUUCCAUUAGGCCAAGGUUAUGUUUCACCUCAGCUGAGCUUCGAAACUAUACCUAGGCCUCAAGCAGCCCUAACAAAUCCUGUCAAAUUUGAGAGUUUCCCGAAACCUUUACCAACGCCACAAGUUAAGACUUUCAUAAGUCAGCCACCUAAGCCACAGGACUCUGCACCUCAAUUCGUUGACGGCUACCGUGCUGAGAAUACGAGCAAUAAUUACUACAGCCCAAGCAAAAAACCGCAAUCACUACAGAAAAUCAAAUUUGAAAACACAGAGAAAGUCAACACGAGAACAGAGCCAACACAAAAUGGACAAAAAUUAGAAAGAGAAGAAGUGCAACUGUUGUAUGUGCCGGUGGAAUCACUUAACAGGGGCCAGUUUAACUUCAGAAGCCCAAUCACAUCACCACAGAUUGUCAGUACCGAUAUUUACAACCAAGGGUUACCCAAUCCGACAGCAAUAAAGCAAACAUAUACUAAUUUCCAAAGGCCUACACCGAAAUCAGAGAUGUACCCUGAGCAAACCUAUGUCUCGAAUUUUAACCAAUUUAAAACACCCAAUGUCCCAAAAUAUUCAACAACCACUUCACCGUUCCCGACCGCUGCACCAACGACACCGAAACUAAAGAAACUGAAACCUCAUCAACCUCCUCUGGCCAUAUUCUUGAGUCAAGAAACUGGGAAGACCAGUCAAAUGAAAGUAGGCGAUGUACUGUCAUCAUUGAAGACCGCUAGCACUAUUGCUGUACUAGAUUCCGUUAACCCCUUGAACGCUCCAAAAGUCUUCAUAGGGCCAUCAACACUGACUCCACCAGACCAUUACGUGAAGUUUGAAUUACCAUAUCUAUCGAAUAUUCAAAAUAGUGAUAAAAAGCUGAAACAGCUGCCAUUCUUCGUUGCACCUCUGAGCUACAACACUCCCCAAGGAUUCGCGAAGAUUCCGUUCCCAUCACCUCACGUGGGUUCUGUCGUAAUCAACGCUCAGAUCAAAGAACCGACUACCCUAACAACUGUUUCGAAUGUUGUCCCACAAUCCUAUUACCCAACAACACCUCCUCGUAAAGAGCAGAAGCCAGUAACUCAGAAACCUUCAGUGAGUUUUUAUAGCACGGUACCUCCAAGAGCUAAUACAAACUUCCAAACGAAUUACUAUUCGUUUGAGCCCCAGAUGGUAUCUUCAAUAAAACCGCAAAAGGAAGAAGUAGUCACAUUACCACCAAAGCGAGUUAAUUAUUUCUUGAACAAUGCACAGCCGCAGUAUACGCAACAUAUAAAAUUCCCGGACAAUAACUUCAGUCCUCAAGAAACGUACAGGACUUCUACACAAACUCAGCCGACGACGACUACAACUCAGAGACCCACUACGACUACGAGUACCACCACCGCAAUCAGGCAAUCAACAUACCCGAGCCAAUUGUUGGAAACCCACAACCCUUAUUCAAUAAACCAAGCCUUCCACUUUAGCACCCCAUUAGACUACCACAGCUACUUCGAAGACAUAAAAGAACCUUCCCCCACUCCGGGACCUCAAGACAUUAAAAUUUCCUCCACACUGAAGCCUAUAACUACGACAACACAAACAGACACAGAAGUGGCAACCCAAAGGCAAUACCAGCAGCAAUCUACACCGAACUACGCCCAAAGCUAUAGACCUGAAGUACAUUAUGAAUCAGAAGUACAGAACUCUAGAUACCCAGUCUAUAAUACUAACGACUAUGUAGCUAAAAGUGAAACGAAUCAAGAACUGGAAAUCCCCGAGACACAAUCCGAUCAUUUUAAAGCGCAAUCCAUCAACGAAAAUCCAACAGACUACACAAAUACGAAAUUCACUGAAUCAAAGCCAAAUAUAUCUGAGGAUGAGCAUCGUACCGCAGUAUCCAAUCAAGCCCCAUCGUCUGAAGACGGCUCACAAACUUAUGAGUACAAUCGAUAUGAAACUAUAGAUCAAAAUGAAGACACAACUACCACAACAACGACAGAGGCUUCAACAAGGAAAAACAUCCUCAGGACCAGAGGACGACCACGAUACACUACAUCAAGACCAAACUCAAAUGAAUCUACAACAAGAUAUGUAGCCACCCGCAGACCUUUGCGCGAACGUAGACCAUUGCCAACCAGAAAUAAGUAUGAACCAAAUAGACUUACCACUGAAAAACCAAAAACACCUGUAGAUUCCAAUGAAAGUACAACUAGGGCAACACGCACUAGAACAAGAGGCAGAAUUCAAUACAGACCAACCGGUACUGAUUAUUAUGACAGAAAAGUUAAGUCUAACGGCAAAGAAGAAGAUUUGGCUUAUCAAAGAGAUGUGCUACAUCAGAAUUAUCCUGUAACUCUGAUGGAGAGAUCUAGUACAGUUGAUAUUGAAGCUAUUACCGAACCAGCUAAAGCUCAAAGUGAUGUCCCAAAAACUGAAAGCUUGGACACUGAAAAUGCUUAUUCGAACGAGAAAAUGUCAUUCAGUCAAUCUGGUCAGUCUGCAGUUAGUGAGAAAGAGUACAAAGAAGAUAUUUAUGUGCCGAAGUAUUCUUUAAGUGGAACAGGUCAAACUGAACCACCAUACGUCCCGUUUUUGCCGUCAACACGUAAUGAAGAAUACUACUAUCCUUCAAGUGACGGCUCUGCACCAGCAGAACAAGAAAAAUAUCUUGAAACAGAUAAGGAAGAAAGUUACUCACCUGAAACUACGUCAGUAAAUAAAUCGGAAAAUUUUGAAUCCAACGCUUACGUUACCGACAUAGUAAAUUUUGCUUCUGACGACAAUUUACCAGCAUACUCCAUUAAUGAUGAACUGUCUGGCGAUACUCUUGAGGAUCCGACCACACCACCUGAUAUAGAAGUCACUAAAGUAGCUAAACAUGAGUCUAAUAGCCAAGAAAUCGAGGACGAUGAUUCAAUCGAAACUACACCAUCGUACCAUAGAGUCCGUGUUCGCCCAGGAGUCGUUCGACAAUACCAUCAGUCAACUACAGAGUCAUCGAGAGUUAAAUCUGAAAGGCGACGACCACAGGGCGUGACUUACAGACCUGCAUAUGACAGAAAAAGAACGACCAUGCGCAUUGAAGAAAUAGAAGCUGAUCUAAAAACAAAACAAGUGCAUUCGCGACCAGAAGUUGAGGAUUUCAAACAUCCAGUGUAUAAGCCUGAGCCGUCAACAGAACCAGUUAAUACAGAUAGUCAGGAAACUACAACUAAACGAGGACACUUCAGGAGAAGACGCCCAAGCUACUCCCAUAUUACUUCCACUACUGAAUCAUCAGUAACUCGAAGAACUUAUGAUAUUAAGAAUCGAUUCAGAGGAAGACGACCAACGGAAAAACCUUCUGAAAAACCUGAACCGACGGAGGUUAUUAGUUCAACAACUAGAAGUCCACUUUACACUCGUUAUAGUCCUAGACCUAAGCUUUCAGAAAGAUAUACUAAGAAACAGGAAUCUGAAGAAGAUGUUGAAGAUCAAGACUCCAACUUUUCUAUAAACAGACCAAGUUAUGUCGAACCUGACUCAAUUUUCUGGUCUCCUAAAAUUACCAAUGAGUCAUUCAAACCUUUUAACCCAAACAACAUAGGGGAUGACAAAAAAGCAGUUACAACCGAGAGAAGAUCGGACAGGGGUUCAGAAAUGGAUAUAAUAACAGUAGGAAAUCAAGACGAUGAUAUUCUUAUCUCUGUAACACCAGCAUACAACAAUAGGAAUAGCAAAAACAUUCCAGAAAUCCCUCCCACACUAGAAGCAUUCGUAGAACAAAGUAAAAUUACUAAGCCAGACUCAGUCGAAUCAAUGUCUACUUUCGAAAGUAUGCUGGAAGAAGUGAUGAAGAGCUUGGAAGAGCAAGAUCAAGACGAGUAUACAACUAAAGUGAUGAAGCAUAAAGGGGGUGAAAUUGGUGAAAUACCACCAGAAACUAUUUCUUCUGAUGACGCUUCGCAGCCUACAAGCAUUGCUAUUGAAGAAACAACUGCGGAAUCCUCUGCCGAUACUGAAGCAGUAAAUGAGGAGGAACAAGAAAGAAAAACUCGUCGUCGUGGCUUCUGGAAGAAAAUCAAAGUUCGUCCAGUUACUGAUCCUAUAGACGUCGCGGAGUCUCAAUACUACAGUAGUACAGUGAAUCGUCUCGGCCAACCAAUUAAAAACUCGAAAUACAACCACGAAAAAUCGGAAAAAUAUGACAAAAAGAUCGCAGUCACAACUUACAAGCCAGCUUUUCAAUUCAUCAAAGAUUUGUUUGAAAGUAAUGAAGAUACUAUGCUUCGGAAAGUUCCCCCCACUGUUGAAAUAACUAAGAUAAAAGAGACAGAAAAGGAAGAUCAGCAGUCCACGUCUAAGCAGAAUACUACAACGGAAAAAUCGUACCUGAAUCCAGGAGAUUUAGAUCUAGGUACAGGAUCACCAGACCCCACUAUCGACGAUUUUUAUCUAACAACUACAGAAGCAACUAAAAUCGAUAGGUCAGAAGGUUUCAGUUUCAUGGAUUAUUUUUUCGGUGCUAGGUCACAAGAGAAAGAAUCUCAAGAAACUGGUACAAAUGUAACGACGAAAACUGAUUUUGAAAUAACAACGGAAUCCAAACCUGGUAUAGUAACAACAGAGACUACUUACAUUCCCGAUGAGAUAACAACUGAAAGCAACAAUGAGUCUAACGGAACCCCGAAGAAAGACGUAAGUGCUGACAUUGACAUUUCUGCUAGUACCGUAACGCCAACGGUCAAAUUUCAAACGUCUUCUGCCGAAAUUGAAACGUCAUCUAUGUCAUCUUUUAUGGACCCAGCCAAUGUCGUGAGCACAUCAAUGACAACACAAGUAUCACAUGAAACCGAAAUAUGUUUCAGAGGCAAAUGUAUCAAAACUAGCAAAAGCCUUUUAUAAUAAUUCAUUAACAACAACCUAACUGUUAAUUUAUGUAAAUAAUUUGGUUUUCGCGCCAAUAAAUCCUAGAGGCUUCAAACCAUUAUUUUUUAAAUUCGUUGUCGACGAUGCUUGAUGUAUAAAGGGUAUCGUUGUUCUAACAAUUGGUUUUCCUCAGUUUUUCGGAUCGAAAACGUAUUUUGAAGUGAAACUUCUUUGGCGCAUGAGGGUAAAAUUUUUACAGAUGUAACGUCACGCAGGUAUGCAA